CGUAUUCGAUAAUAACGAUUGGAAUACCGAAAUAUUUAGGGAUUGGGAUACCGAAAUUAUUUAGGGAUUGGGAUUGUGAUUGAUUUUAGGGUGUAAUUCGGUAUUCGGAAUUUAGGUAUUUGGUAUUGGGAUACCGAUACCGUACCGAUUUCCACCCAUACUCACUACUAUACAAUAUUCCGGGAGAAGUUGUUGGCUUCUACAAAUACUCGAUCAAACGAGUGAUUUUCUUGCCUGCGACGAAUCCCAUACUUCCGCCAUAAAUUAAAAAUCCAUAACUUCAAUUGCUACAUAGCUGAUGUAAGGAUUAGUAUCCGAGUAUGAUUGAGCCAUUAGAUGAGAAGUACGAAGUUGACCCAAGUAUGAUGGAGGUGUCGCAAGCUAUAGAUACCAUUGAUGUUGUAGCCUGGAGUAUGAAGCCAUCAUGGAGACACUUCAGUAAAUGACCAAUCCAGAACCUCCUAGAAGCACCAAUUCUAACAUCGAUGACGACAGACUAAAGCACCUACUAGAAGAUGUUCAAAGCAUCCAAGGUGGUCAAGAAGCCAAUGAAAGGCGCCCUAAGAAGAUGCAUAAAGGAUUUGAAGAGAUCGUAGACCAUGGAGAGAUCAAGAACCACGGAGAUGUAGGCCACUUGAAGGCUAUCCCAUUUGAUGAAGAAGAAGAUGAGCAUACAACUCAAUCUUCAGAAAGAAAAGUAGGUGCAAUGGAUGAAGAAGGUUGCAGUUCUGAAGAAUACAUACUAAUCCAAACUUUCUUGGAUUUGUCGGAAGAUGUUUAAGGCAUCACACCACUUGAGGGCUUUCAUCACUUCCUAUAUCUUCUUCAAUCUGAAUCCACAAGCAAUCCACCUAUUGGAGCAUCCUCAACCAUUGGAAACAUACAGGAGUAGGAGACCGAGUGUGAUGACCCCUUACAACUCUAAGUCAAUGUUUAGAUAAACCCUUGGAACCCAUAAACCUUGAACAAGAGGAAGUAGAGGCAAAAAUUUCACCUAAGGAUGAUUAACCUCAAAUGGACCAUAAAGAUGAGGAGCCACUAGACAAGCAACCCUCUCCACCUAUCCAGUCAAAGACGGAGCCUCAAGGGGAGCCUGGCGAGGAGCAUAAAGACAAAGAACAUAAAGGUCGAGCCACCAUCAAGAGAUGUGGUGGACCAUACCAACUUGGCGUCCAAUGAAGGAAGGGGGCAGAUACCACCACCAUCCAAGAUAUAGUGGAGGAGAUCAUCAAUGAAGGAGUAUCAUCGAGUUGGCCAUUGUUGAGAUCAUAGUAAGGAGCAUCUAUUUCGAUGGAGGAGACUUCAAGUGACACUCUUCUCGAUUUAAACUUUAGCUGGGAGCGGGAAAUUGAUGAAGGCUGCAACUUUGAUCUUGGAGAAGAAUGAUCAUCUACAACAAUGGGAGAAGAGCCGGGAGUAGUGGUCCCACUCCCACCUAGUAUUGACGAUGAUACUCUACAUAAACUCAUAUAAGACCCAAACAUUGAAAUUGCAGGACUUUCUAAGUUUAAUGAGAAGUCGUUUGGAGACUCUAACUUUGAGCAAGAGGAUAUGAGGAGGGAGAUUGAGAAAUUCAUCAAUUCCAAGGAAGAUUGCAAUAAAGAAUGAUGUCUUUCAUGAAGUUCGAAACCAAUAAAAAAUUGCAAAAUCUUUAUGGAGAUACAUAAUGGAUUCAGUCGAGACUACUUUUGACUCCUUGAAAUGGAUUCCUUUACAACAUUUCUAGAGAGCUAUGAGACCGUAAAAACAAAAAAUACAAGUUCUUCCUUGAAUUAUUACCUCUACAGCAACCACAAAGCCAUAUCUAUGUAUGAGGUAAAAGGUGGAAAGAAGAGUCUAAGGUUGCAUCUUCUUCAUGGCCUAUCAUCAACCCAAAACAUAAAGAAGGGUGGCAUUCAACUGGCAUAUGCACUUCUAACGAUAAACUUGAAAGAAGUCUUGAGUUGGGAGAUUGAUGAGUUGGGAAUUACACCUAACUCAAAGGUGUAAAAGAGAAGGCGCUUCAUGGGAGGCAACCCAUGUCUGGCAUCAAACUUAAGGGUGUAAAAGAAAAGUGCUAUCGAAGAGACUGUCCGGAUUUCUAAACCACCAUCAUUUGCAUCACAAGCUUCUCUCUUUAGACAUCCUCUUGAUCAAGGUAAGAACCCCAAUACUCUUAGAUAUGAUCUAGGAAUCAUUUAUUGCAUUUUGAAUCGAAAUUUAAUAUUUCUACUUGUAUCAAAAAGCAUUCAAAUGCAUAAAGUGUGAGGUAGACCUAAAUGAUGAAUUAACAGUUAAAGAGAUGUCUCUAUAGAAUUAUUUUGAAACAAAUCGAUGAUUUUUUUCUUUUUAUUUUCAUAUUUAUAUUGAGGAGGACAAGCAUUUGCUCUCUCUCUAAGUUUUGUUGCUUUUACAAUUUUCGUUUUGUUUUGAAAUCCAUGGAGAAAUAAAAGGAAAUAUGGAGAAGUGGAGCAUGACAACCCAUUAAUGUCCAUAAAUAUUUCAUCUAGUGUAUCCUGCAAGAGAAAGUAGAACAAAUCUGAAAAGGAGAAGGAAAGAAUCCUUUCAGAAGUCCAUUUUCUGCAUGGUGAAUGAAAAAAAUUAGCGACGUGCAAGGAAAUGACCUAUGGCGAUCGAACCCGCCACGCCACCAUCGGUGUCCACGUUCCCACUCGAAUAAGGGGAUAAUACCAUC